AACCAAAAUGUUGCAGAGAACAUUGAUUCUUGUUUGAAGUUCAAACAAUACCAAUUAUAAACUUUACCGCUGCGAAUCCAACGAUCGAGGAAGGGAUUGUUAAUACUUCAGUGAAGCCAAUGCUAAAAUCUUUGAUCAAUUUUGUGUUUGCUCCAUCCAUCCGUUACAGCAGAUAAAAGUUUUAAACCGACUUCCAUUGACUGGCUUUUGCGAUGAUCGCCUGAAGUGGUACUCGAGUGUUUUCAUUCAAAUACUUGAAACUAAGUUUGAGGAACUUGUUUCUCUAGGAUUUCACUGCGCUGAAUGCUAACAAGUGGAUGAUUAUUGAACUCAUGCUGUUCAAUAAUUUCCGGCGACCGAUUCCACGUUUUCGAUAAUCUGGGCAUUUGGAAAUGCUGGACGAUUUCGUACCGAACCCUGAAUCGGCUAAUUCCUGCUGUAAAAGAUGGAAAGAUAAGUGCACCGAGGUAGAAGAGAAGAGAAAUGCUUUACGGCAGGCAGUCAAGCUCCUUCAGCAACAAAUCAAUAGGAUUCAGGCGGAGAAUCUUAAUCUUAAAAAAGGAUAUGAGGAGGAGAAGGCUGGAGCUUCCAUUGAGAGAGAGGGAAAAGAAAAAGAAUCCGCUAUUAGAGUUUCUUUGGAGAGGGAAAUUUUGGACUUGAAAUCUCACAUUUCUUCAUUGAGACAAAACGAUGUAGAUGCAGUUAAAGUUUGUAGGGAAGUAGAGCAUCUUAAUGCUCUUGUUGCUGAGGGUAAGAAGGAAAUCAGCCAUCUAAACGAACUUCUAGAGACAGAGAAGAGAAAGACAGAUGCUGAAAGGAAAAAUGCUGAAGUGAGGAAAGAGGAGGCUGCUCAAACUUUGAAAUCAGUUAGGAUUGAAAGGAGUAAGGGUAGUGACUUAAGGAAGCUUCACAAAACUGAAUUGGAUAAGGUUAAAGAAUGCAGACAACAGCUAGAGAUGUUAAAAAAAGAAUAUGAAGAAACAAAGUUAAAGUUGGAAAGCGAAACAUCUAAACUAAUUGAGGUUAAAAAAGGCCUAGAGAUAGAAAAGCGAAGGACUUCCAAAGAGAGAGAGCGUGCAAAUUCCGAAAUGUCUAAAGCACAUGCUUCAAGGGUGCAAGCUGAAGCAAACAGGAAGCAGGCUGAGGAAGAACAAUCUAAGGCUGAAAACUUAUUUCAGCAAUUGGAAAGAAAGACUUGCAAGAUUGAGGAAUUGCAGAAGCAGGUCAAAGAACUUCAGACCUUGAAAACUUUUAUUGAAUCUUGUUGUGGCCAACAUGACGAGAAAACUGAUGGUAAGGCUGUGGAAAAGAAUGUUAAACCUUGGUUGGAAGUGAUACAGAAAAAUGCAAAUGAAUUAAAGUUGGCUUUUGAGUUUUUGAAGGAUAAGGAGGUUAACAUAAUGCAUAAGAUGGAUGGAGAUCUGGUGAUUAUGAAGGAGAAGCCAGUGGAUUCCAACAUAAUGAAAUCAUCAGAACUGAAAAAACAUUUAGAGAUUUAUCGCAAGAAGGCCAUGGAUGAACAAUGCCGUGCCGAUAAAUUGGCUCUCGAGUUGGAAGAAAAGAAAAGGAAAGUUGAGAAACUUCAAAAGAAUUUACGUGAAUUAAAGUCUUCUAGGAAAUUAGUUGAUGCAUCUGCUGUUUCUUUUGAACAUGCCAUGAGUUCUGAACGUGCAGAAAUGAAGCUGUUGAAAAAAAAGCUAAAGUUUGAGAAGACGCGAUUGAAACAUGCUAGAGAAGUGGCUAACUUGGAAAAUACGCAUCAUUCCAUUAUUCAGCAUGAACUGGGUCGUUUUAAACUAAAGUUUGUUCAGCUGUCAAACUACUUGGACAACCUACAUAAAUUUGCCUCUACUGGUGCUAAGGGUAAUGAUGACUUGGAAAAGACAAAGAAUGCUGAGAACUUGCGAAGUUUGUAUGCAGAUAAGAAUCUACAUGCUAUAGAGCCUUUCAAAACUUGGUUGCCUGAUACUUUCAGGCAGACUACCCCACAACAUGACGCUCCAUUGCUUCCUUUAUCUGGAGGGAAUCAUGUCACAUCUUUAUCAGGUAUUGAAUCUAGGUUGGAGGCUCAUCCUGUAAACUCUGACAGAAAAAUGUUCCAAAGUUGUGCAGUCAAUUCAAGUACGGCAUCUUUUUCUGAUGGUCAGUUGGCCGGCUCACAGGAAAAGGCCGGUCUUUGUUUGACAGCAGCGAAAUUGGUUGGAGAGAACUUGAUUAUGAAACCAAAAAUAUCCAAUGUAUCUGGUGAAGUUAGUGAGAUGAAAGACAAUGAAAUUGCUAGGAUGGCAGAAAAUAGUGUCAGAAGUCCUAUUAAAAAUCAUGUUGGAAGAGCUAACGAAAAACAACAAAAGAGAAAAAGGACCAUUGAAGCUGUUGAAAACAUUGAAUGUUUAUAUCAUGAGAGUAGAAAAAUACAUUCUCAGAUUGAAGAGAAGUUGUCUCUUUUGCAUGCUUUAAACAGCCCUACAGAGAAGCCCUUAGAAAAGAGGGGACAUGUAAUAUCAAACGUGUUUCAAGAUCCUUCUGCUGAUAAGAAGGCCCGGAAGAAGAGAAAGACUUUGUGCCCGAAGAAAACAAGGGAACAGUUGCUUGAUGAUAACGAGAUGGAGACUCAAGUUAACAUUGAAGUUCGUGCGCUUGAAAGUUUUGGUAGACAACCUUCUCAACCUGUCAGCAAACUUACAGACAAUUUGCAGCCUUGUUCAGAGGAACUUAAUAAUUCUGCCAUAAGUGAACUUCAAACCCUGGGAACUCUUGGGAAUAUAUCAGAUGGAGACUAUAUGAAAUUGCUAGAUUUGGAUAGUGCCGCUGAUGAGGAAUGCUACAGGAGAGCAAUGGAAAUGCCACUGUCCCCUUCACUUCCAGAUAUUUAUAUUCCUGGCGCUGAAACAUCUACUUUGAAUGAAUUUGAGCCUUUACUAGAUGAACGCCAUGAAGAAGGUCAGCCACAAUUGCAUAGCUAUGAUGUCAUGGAUGUUGAGAUCAAGUCCAAUUAUACCCAACACUGCAACUCUGGCUUGUUAGGAGAUAUUCAUAGCAGUAAACGUCAUCUUGAUCCAUGUUUUAUGCAAGGGAGACAUGGGAGUGAUCUUUGCGACAUUGUACAUGCAGAAGAAAACUGUCUUGAUCAGAUUGGGAUUACUGUAGAGAAGCCUGGGACAAAUGUUCCUCUUUCUGGCUGUGAAGGGGUGGGAGCAUCAGCAAUAAAAUCUGGAACCCUGGACAACUCUAUCCCUGAUUUUUGUGUCCUUUUCUCUAAUACAAAAGACUGCCGCAGCAUCUCCAGAAUUUUUUCAGCAACUAAGGCUUGUUCAAAGAGGAGUUCUUUGACUAGUAAAAAAGAGUGGAUGGUGCAAGAGAUCUUGGCUUCCCUUAACAUGGAGCAUAAACUUUUACCAAUGGAGAAGGCUUGUGUUUUCUUUUCCUUGUUGCUGCUCAACUUCAAUGUUGUUGCUGUGCAUAAAUAUGGGAACUUUCUGAACUGCAAUACCUACUUGGAUUCAUUUUCGGGGCACAUAUGUGAAGCAAUGCUUGAUGUGGAAAUAAGAAGCUUGUUUACUGAAUUGCUCUGUUUGGAUGAGUUACUUGCCCUCAUAGAAGACUUCAUAAUAGAUGGACGGAUCUUAUCAUGUAUUGAUGCCUCUUUGGAGACAUCGAUUGAGGGUGUUUUGAGGGUGAAUAUCUCUGUUGACGGUGUAAACAGAGCAUUGUCACUGACACCAGCAUCAACGAACUAUUUGAUCGCAGGGAGUUCCAUACUGGCAUCAAUUUCUAAAGCAGUUCAUCGUACUGGUUUUCUUUGGGAGGUAUCAUACAGUAUUUUAAGGAUCUGCAGGUAUGAGUCUUCAUUGGUGUUAACAAUGUUGCAUAUUUUUGCACAUAUUGGUGGAGAUCAGUUUUUCAGUUUGGAAGGUUACUCUACUCUGAUGGCUGUCUUGAAAUCAAUAAUCACGCAUCUUGAGGUGGUCGGAUCAUCAGAUGAUGCUUCUUUCACCCCACCCAAAGGAAAUUGUAGAACAGAGUUUGUUCAAUGCGCUUAUUGCCCCUUUUCAGCUAACAUUAUGUCUAUGCCCAUGGCUGUGUCAUUUCUAUUGCGAUUAAUUCAUAAGAAUGCAUUGGCUGAAGAUUUAGAAAAUCCAACUGGUUCAAUAAAUCCAGAAUCCUUGUCCGAGAAGAAUAUAGCCAACCAGAUUCCUUGUGAAAAUUUAAGUGGUCAAGAGGUCCAUCCAGCAUUGUAUUUGGACUGUGAUGCAUCUUGUUGUUUAAAAAAGUAUAGGGUGUCUGAUGAUGAUUCAUGGUCUCUCUUCAAUCCCACACUGUGUGAUAUUACCGAUGCCAUCUCAUUGGUUGAACUGCUAGCAUGCUACAUGGGCUGGAAUUGGACAUUCGCUAACAUUAUCUCUCAGCUGCUGGAAUUUUUGAAGUCAUCAGUUAAGGAGAGUCUUCCAUUUGUGAUUCUUCUGGGUCAACUUGGGAGGUUUGGUGUGGCUACUGGAGGCUUCGAAGACGGAGGAGUUAAGAUCUUGAGAUCUAAUUUGUCAGCCUUUCUUUGCCUGGACACUACCAUUAAAUCUGGUCUUUGUGUUCAAAUUGCCGUUGUUUCUGCCUUAUUAGGUCUUCUCCCUUUUGAUUUUGAAACAAUCAUUCAAGAUGAAGUAGGCUAUCCAGCCUCUUUGAAUCAAUAUGGUGAGGUUAACUUAAUAAAGACGUGGUUUUCUUUCCUAAGCCCAAAACAGAAGGAGUUGUCUUGCAACACUUUACAAGUUGCUGUUUGCAGUGUGAGCUGAUAUUUGAUUUCCUUUCACGAUGCAACCUUAAACCAACUGAGGUUGCGACCUAUUUUUCAGGCAUGGACAAGUAAGAGCAAUCACAACCAAUUUUUGAGGAUUCAACUACCUGUAGAUAUUUAGGGAAAUUGAGGAUCUGUCCAUAUCGGUAGCUUAGUCUAGUUUUCUUUUACAUUUUAAAGAGGGAGAGGGUACAUAUACUUUUAUGUACUGUAUUUACGUGUGGAUAUGAUCAAGUUUUGUAAAUUAUCAUGGUAAUUUCCAGUUUUAGAAAAUUUGGCGUUCGACUUGCACUCAUGUAGUCUUCGGUCUGAUUUGUGGCCAUAUACUCUUACUGUUCAAGUGACAAAGAAACAAGGAAAUCAAUAGUCGUUGAGUUGUAUCUAAAAGAUUAGGCGUAAUCUGUUGGUACCUGCUGAUCCAUCGAGUUUGCACUUUUUUGAAACUUAUAGACAAUGUUACACAAAUGGAGGAACACAAAUGACCAACCAACCAACGGGACCUUCAUACAGUCACCAGCGACCAACUUUCAACCGGUCUCUUUGAAUGGCCCCAGAAGAUCUGUAGGUUUCUGAGUUAAUUUUUAAGUACUUACAAUUGGUCUUGAAUAUACAAGUCAAGUUAUUUGUUAGUCUUAGAAAUUAAUUCAAUUUAGUUCAGUGCUUGGUGUUAUGAGCAGAUAGGAGUUAUUGAUGUAUCAGAGUUCAGAUGACUCAUUAAUGUUUCAAUGAACGGUUGAGGUUUGUAGAGACAAAA